CUUUUAUUAACUCAUUUCUCUCUCCUCCACGCUUCAUCUCUCAUCAGAUCAGCACAAACUUAACCCAAAAACCCCAGCUUCUAAUUUUGGCAACACAACCCAUAUUGAGUAUCUGCAUUGGUGUGUGUCUCUAAACUCUAAAGGUUUCAAAUUUGCAACUCUGUGGUAUGGAUUCGAGAUAAGUAAGGGAGAGAAAAAUGGAGCAACCGAAACUGGAAAUGGAGGAGGAAACGGUGACGUUUGCCGGUUCUGCGGCUGCUUCGUCGUCGGUUGGAUCAUCUUCGUCUCCGAGACCAAUGGAAGGGCUGAACGAAACAGGGCCACCGCCGUUUCUGACCAAGACUUACGAAAUGGUGGAGGAUCCGGCGACGGACACGGUGGUUUCUUGGAGCAAUGGUCGUAACAGCUUUGUGGUGUGGGAUUCUCAUAAGUUCUCAACCACUCUCCUUCCUCGUUACUUCAAGCAUAGCAAUUUCUCAAGUUUUAUCCGUCAGCUCAAUACUUAUAUGGGUUUACUAUGAGUCUUCAGCUAUAAAGGGAUUCAGAAAGAUUGAUCCAGAUAGGUGGGAAUUUGCGAAUGAAGGGUUUUUAGCAGGACAGAAGCAUCUCUUAAAGAACAUCAAACGAAGGAGAAACAUGGGGUCGCAGAAUGUGAACCAGCAAGGAUCAGGAUCUGGAUCAGGGAUGUCAUGUGUUGAGGUUGGGCAAUACGGGUUCGACGGGGAGGUAGAGAGGCUGAAGAGGGAUCAUAGUGUUCUUGUAGCUGAGGUUGUUAGGUUGAGACAGCAGCAACACAGCUCCAAGACUCAAGUUGCAGCGAUGGAACAACGUUUGCUAGUUACAGAGAAGAGACAGCAGCAAAUGAUGACUUUCCUCGCCAAGGCAUUGAACAAUCCGAACUUUGUUCAGCAGUUUGCGUUGAUGAGUAAAGAGAAGAAGAGUAUGUUUGGUUUGGAUGUCGGGAGGAAACGGAGGCUUACUUCUUCUCCAAGCUUGGGGACUGUGGAAGAGAGUCUGUUGCAUGAUCAGGGGUUUGAUAGAAUGAAGGAUGAUAUGGAGACGUUACUCGCUGCAGCUAUCGACAACGAGUCGUGUAACUUGAUGCCUACUAAGGAGGAACAGUGUUUGGAGGCUAUGAAUGUGAUGAUGGAAGAUGGUAAUCUAGAGGUAGACUUGGAUGUUAAAGUGGAAGAUUUGGUUGGUUCACCUUUGGAUUGGGACUGUCAAGAUCUACAUGACAUGGUUGAUCAAAUGGGUUUUCUUGGUUCAGAACCUUGACUAUACGGCUUAACACGUCUACUUUGUCUAAGUUGUGGAAAUUGCUACCACUUUUAUUUACAGGUUGGAUUGUUUGUUUUCUUGGUUUUUACUCAAUGAAGGCAUUGAGUGUGGUUUGUUUUGUACAUUUGUUUUCAAUGAAUAAAAACACUCUGAUUUGGUUUUGACAGUUU